AUGAAAGAUCUAGGUGAGCUUAAGUUCUUUCUGGGAAUUGAAUUCUCAAGAUCAAGUCAAGGUAUACUUAUGACACAAAGGAAAUAUGCACUAGAGUUGGUGUCUGAAUCAGGACUAGGGGGAGCCAAACCUGCAUGUACACCAUUAGAGAUGAAUCAAAAGCUUACUUCUAUUCAGUAUGAUGAACAUAUCAAGCAUCCACAACCUGAAAAUGAUACCCUUCUUAUAAAUCCUACAAAGCACCAGAGACUAGUAGGCAGGUUGCUAUACCUUACUAUGACUAGGCCUGAUCUUGCUUUUACUGCACAAGUACUGAGUCAAUUUAUGCAUUGUCCAAAACAGUCACAUAUUGAAGCAGCACUAAGGGUUGUGAGGUACAUCAAAGAAGCUCCUGGUUUGGGAUUGCUGAUGCCAGCAGAACAAACUACUCAACUCACUGCUUAUUGUGACUCUUAUUGGGGAUCUUGUUUGGAAACUAGAAAGUCAGUCACUGGUUAUCUAGUAAAGUUUGGAGGAGGAUUAAUCUCCUGGAAGUCCAAGAAAUAA